AUGGUUUACGGCUUUUCGUUUGCGCCACUCCUGGUGGUUUUUGAGGUGACAUGCGUCGCUUCCAUGUCACAGCACUCUGGUUGCGAUGGCAGUGAGCAGGGCACUUGCAGGAGCCAGGUUGUUACGGACUUGCCAGCAGAUCACACCGACGAGUUGGCAGCUUUGCAAGCUAGGCGUGCGAUGCAUGUGAACUACAUGGUACGUGCACCACAGGUGCCCCUGAGCCGGGACAGCGCUGGUAUCGUCGAAACCACUGGGCUCGUCGUGGUCAUGUUCGGAGUGCAACCUUUCUGGAUCAUGGCCAGUGCCGGCCAGACUUGCAAUUCGGCUUGCAGUGCCUUCGACACGGCGGAUGACAGUUUCGAGUGUGGAAAGGAUGAGAUGGGUGCCAUCAACUCCUCACAGGCAAUCUCCGAUCUGCUGGUGAGCCUCAACGGUACGUGCGGCUUCGCAGAUAACGGGAACCUUUUCAGGAGCAAUGCAGGAUCUCCGUUCAUCCUUGUGAACGGUGACUGCUACUACUGGGACCCGGAUAAGUUGAGCCAGCACCUUGACGGCAUUUGGGUUUGGUUGUCUGCGGAUCCAGAUGGGGGGUGGUUCACAGGUGCCACAAAUAACGUACCAUGCGACACGGUUUGCAAUGACAACGGCUAUGCAGAGUGUGGAGAGGAAGAGAUGGCCGCAAUCAACAAUACACAGGCAAUCGUGGAUUUGGCAUGGGAGCUCGGCAUUGUCUGCACGGUGAACUCCGGCGACCCUUCCCGAAACAAUGCGGGGACUCCAUUCUUAUCGGGGAACAAAUGUUACUACUGGGAUCCGAACACAGCGGCUUCGCAGGUGGACUGCAGCUCCGUGAACAGCGCCAACCGCAG